GCUCCUAUUUAUGCCUCACUGUGCCGUCGGGCUUUCAAGUUCGUCCACGCCCAGCGUCUCGCCGAACUCCGCGCACGCACGCUGUCUCGAUCCCGCCGGUGCGACAGCGAGCAUCGCGAGUUCGCCAGGAGGUUUCAAGCACCGUCACCGACACGAUGGAUGAGUUCCCCCGGAUCAGCGACCACGGCACGCUGCUUCAAGGCCACGGCGUGCUCGGUGCUGAAGGACGCCUUGGCAUCCGCAGUUCUGAAGGCAAAUCUGCCCCAACACAAGAUGACCGCAGGAACAAGAGGAAAAAAGACAACAUGUUGGACUCCGACUGGCCGGAGCUUGUCAGCUUAGACGAUUUCGAUCCACGCCCGAGGUCAUAUGAUGCAAAGGACUUCCUACCGGUUGUACCAUCUCUUAAGUCUUAUCACGCCAAGAGCCAAGAUCUCGCCCUCUUCAAUACGCAACAUAUCACCAGUCCUGACCAUAACUUCAUGAAACAAAAAAUAGGUUCCAUUGAGAAGCAUUUUAAUUUUAUCCACUUCCACCUUCUGCAGACAAAUCCGACAAAAACCAAGCAACAGUCCAGGAAUGGAGCAAGUGAUGCACCUCUGAAUUGUGAUGCAUGUGCCAGCUCCUCUUCUGGCAUUUCUGCAGCUGAACUCUUCGCCCCCUUUGAUAAUAUAGAACUCGGACACCAAAUAGGUUGCUGCAGGGGACUAGAGACUAUUCUUUCCUCGAGUCAUGAAAUGCAAGUCUCGACGGCAUCUAGCAGCAUGUGCAGUGGAGAAACGGUAGCUUCAUCAACUUUCUCAGGGCCAGACUCCGUUGCUCCCCACAUCCCUCGUCCUUCGAAGAGGUCGAACGAUCCAUUCAGAGGGGCUCCUGAUAUGAUCCUCGAGGAGAUAGCUGGAAACCCACUGGGCAUGUAUUUCCCUCCACUGGCAACGUAUCAGGAGCCUGAAAAGCCGACGAGCGACGCCACUUCGGCACUGAAGCAUCGGUUCCCUGAAGAGUUUGCAGGCAGUCGUGCUCUGAACUGUGCAGAGUCACAGCUCUGUCAGCCUAGCUCGGCAGUGGUUCUGGAAGCCGUGCCGGUGAAGGAACUUGGCUUCCAUAAGCUUCAGGAAGGCAUGAAUCAGAUGGAUCUGGCAACCAAAGGGCGCAUAAGGGAUGCCUUAUAUCGGUUGGCCAACGGUGUCGAACAGAAGCAUGUUCUUGCCGGUUCAAGUGGAGGGGUGGGAUCGUCAGGCUCAAAGAGGUUCAGAUCGGGUAAUGGAUUGACCGAAACACAGACGAACGCCAUGGAUCAGUCAGUAGCACAGCUGCUCCUGAAGAAACCCUCUUACGGGAAGGCUGCCCAGCCGCACCGUGUGACAUAGUCUCCUCGACGACCACAGGACACAGGAGACCCGAGUCGCCUCUUUUGCAGUAGUCAGGAAUUGCAAUCCAUUUGCAUCUAUUCUGAAAAACUGAAGUAUGUGACACCUGAUGAUUGUCAGAUGAUGAUGCAGUCCCGUCUAUCGUACAGCUGCGAUGUACUCUGCAAGUGUGCUGCCCGGGCAUGUAAACUUGUAAAAUAGUAUAGCGCUGUACCACCAGUAGAUGAUAGUAGAAGCAUGCUUUACCAUCAAAGUAGAAGUAGGGCUGGAAACGCCCGAGCAAUGUGUAUUAUUUGGAGAUUGGGUUAAAACCUCAUUGCAUCA